CUAGUACAGACUUUUAUGCAAAUUGUGGCGCGUUCCAGUGCUCUGAUUGGUCGUACGAGCGUCACGAGACGCGGCACGGUAGAACUCCUGCACUGCUGAGCUUGUGCUGUCUGUGAAAAUGAGUGAGUCUUUAGUUGUGUGUGAGGUGGACGAAGACCUGGUGAAAAAGUUGCGGGAUUUCCGCUUCAGGAAGGAGACUAAUAAUGCCGCCAUCAUCAUGAAGAUUGAUAAAGACAAACAGCUGGUGAUUCUGGAGGAGGAGCAUGAAGAUAUUUCCCCUGAAGACCUGAAGAAUGAGCUACCAGAGAGACAGCCCAGAUUUGUAGUCUACAGCUAUAAGUACCAGCACGAUGAUGGGAGAGUGUCCUACCCUCUGUGUUUUAUCUUCUCCAGUCCUGUUGGAUGCAAACCUGAGCAGCAGAUGAUGUACGCCGGCAGCAAAAACAAACUGGUACAGACGGUUGAACUGACCAAGGUGUUUGAGAUCAGGAACACUGAAGACUUGACAGAGGAGUGGCUCCGAGAGAAACUGGGCUUCUUCCACUAAGAAAGGACUGAACAAGCUAACAUUCGUGUUAAGAGUGACCGAGAUGGGACCAUCACCUCCAAACGGAGCGAAUACCAUAGUCCAUCUAAUAAUGUCUGUUUGUGUAUGUUUGAAUGCUUCUGCCCAAACUCUAAACCCGCCUGUACCAGUUUAAGAUGACAGAAAUAUGAGGUGCAAAGAAAUGAAAAUGUGAAAGCAAAUUCCACAUAUACACUGAACAAUUCCUUGGAUUUUUAAAACCAUUCCGCUCUUAUCUCUGAGCAGUAACGUAUGUACUGGCCUGCAUAGGUGGUCCAGUCUUACUGCCAUGAUAGUUGGAUGACAUGUUGCAAUUUUAUGUCAGCUAUCCUUCAUGAUAGAUGACAUGGCAUCAGAUUUAAACAUUGUAAAAAUCUAUAAUGUAGCAUGUUUUGCCCGUUUUGGUAUAAAAUCACAUAAGUCUUCAUGUAAUGCCCUGAUAAGGGCCAAACAUUUUCUUCCUUUGUAAAGCAUUUUCUAACUUUAAUUUGACCAAACAUGAAUUAUUUUGGUUUGAUAUGUGUUGAACAGUAAUGGUAGGUGAAGAGGUCAGAAGUCCUACUGAUAUUUUUGGGAGAAAUCGUUUACUAUUUCUGACCUGUUGUCAUAAAUUCAUUAUUUUUUGCCUUUUUAAAUCUGCUCAUAGCGUGAUAAACAAAUCUCGACUAAAGAUCUAGAAUCUGAGGACAAUUGGGUGAAAGUUCUGGGACUAAUUUUACUUGAUUUAGUGUUUUUGGGAGAGGGGACAUAGAAUUUGUCACCCGGAUGUCAUUAAUCACAGAUCUGCCCUACCUUUUUGGAGAUGUGUAGGUUUAGAUGUACAUCGGCAGAGAUGUGCUAUGGUAUUCUGCCACAGGCAGGCAAUCAUCUAAUUCCUCUGUUAGUUAUUCUAAAUUAAUCUUUCUCACUGUCCAACUAAACACUGGAAUAAAACUGGUGUCACUAUUCUUAAGUUUAUUCAAAGCAUCACUAUUUCCGUACUUAUGUAAAAAACAAUCUUUCUAUUGGCAAAAUGUAAACACUGGAAAUUUCUUUAAUGUUCAAAGCUUAACAAGGUAGUAUGAAUAAUUUAAGGAAGUGAUGUUAUUAUGGGUUUGAUAAGUAAUACCUCGGCAGAUCUCAGAUCUUUCAGAAUUUGUGAGCUGUAAUGUGGGUCAGGCUCAUCUCUACAUCUGUAGAACCUGUAACACCUGUGAUUAGUGCUGUUUCCUACUAAACACUGUUUGCUCACUUUGAUGGCUUGUAUGAUGUGGACAUCACAUGAUAUGUCCCAUACAGUAGUCAACUGUGUAUGUGUUUAACAUUUAAUUUUUAAUGACUGAAGAAGCUUUUACUGAUCAUUUAUAACUCAAGUUCUCUCUUGAAACCAGAAAAAUGGUUAACCUUUCAAUAUGUCUCAAUUACAUUUGUCUGCUGUUUUGAAUAAUUAAA